AUGUACCUGCAUAUUACAGUACUACUUCUUCAACUGUUAGAGUACGGUAAAGCCAGCAGAGAGUUACCGUCACUGCUUCCAGGGAAAUGCUACAGUUGCUCAUCAGAAAACAUCCUUAAACGCUGGCCACAAGAUAGUUCCAAUCAUAUGCAUUACUUGCGGCAAUUGCCUUAUUUCGCAAAUGAGUCAUGUGAUAGAGUCAAAAAGUCACUGCCAGUGGUAUCGUGUCACCGAAGUGUGUGCGUCAAACUCGUUAUUCUCAGUCCAUCAUUUGGCCAUGAAAUUUGUGGACAGAGUCCUACAAUAGUUCGUGAUUGUUGGAGUCGAGCUAUGUGGAUGGAUAUGGAUAGGAGUACAUUCAGAAGAAUAAUUCAGGAAGGUAGUACAAAGAUUCAAUUGAUGGAUACCAAAAUUGAGCGUGCAGAGGGUAUUUUGUAUGCUUGUAACGGAUAUCUUUGCAAUGCUGGUACUGCGAAACUUCAUUCUGUCACUGUCAUCCUUAUAUUUUUUUUUAUCAUUUAUAGUGUGCUAUGCAUGUAA